AUGUUGAAGUGGGUCCAAUCAGGUCUUUCUGUUGUUGCUGGCACCGCCGAGCCAGAGUACGGGCGCGAGGCUAUCCACCCAGUGACCGACUUUAUCAAGAAGGGAGACCCUGUUUCCAGAGAAACAACGGUUGAAGACUUUGCGUGGAGAAAGCCCAACUACACCAACGUGGAAACCCAAACUUUCUACUUCACCGACUUGAAGACGGGAUACACUGGUUUUGCUCAGAUCAUUCAUUCUAACAUCAUGGGAGUCAAGACCACGGCUCAGUUUACCUUCAGGUUGUACAACAACGAGAAGGGCGCUGAGGAUUCAAACUGCAUUUGGACUUCCACUGCUUUAGAGAACUUCCGUGCCGAAGGAUCUAACUUCUACGCUGAUAACUUGUCGUUUGAGAUUUCUGAGGACGGCACAACUUACCACUUGAAAUCCCACGUUUGUGAGGACUCCAUGGUCGACUUAACCGUGAAAAGAUUGGCUCCUGGUGUCAUUUUCGGCAAAGACGGCAUGACUCUUUACGGUGAAGACGUGGAAAACCCAUGGGGUUCCAUGAGACACGCCUUCUGGCCUAGAUGCAGCGUUUCUGGAACUCUCAAGUUGAAGAAUAGCGUCAAAAUCGAUGUGGAUGGAUUCACCAUGUUCGUCAUGGCAUUGCAAGGUAUGAAGCCCCACCACGCCGCCAAGUCGUGGAACUUCCUCAAUUUCCAGAGCCCUCACUACUCUGCUGUUCAGAUGGAAUUUACCACGCCUAGAUCCUACGCAACCACGAAGGUCAACAUUGCCAUGCUCGCCAAGGAUGACAAGAUAAUUCUCACCUCCAUCGAUAAUGAGGUCACCCACGAGGAUGCUGAGGUUGACGAAGUUGGCUGGAAUGUUCCUAAGGGCAUCACUUUCAACUUUGCCAAGAACGGUGCCGGUUCAGAGACUGUUGCUGUUGUAUCUGGCAAGUUGAAGCAGCUAGUUGAGCGUGUUGACGUCAUGGCCGAGAUUCCUCAAUUCGUCAAGAACAUCGUUUCUGGUGUCUCUGGAGCCAAGCCUUACAUCUACCAGUUCUGCAACAAAUUGAGCAUUACGCACGGGGCUGAUACCGAAGAAGGUAUUGGUUUCAAUGAGGCUACUUUUAUCUCCGAGUAA